CGCCUGGCGCCACUGACUCUGAGUCUCAGUCUGGCUUGCUACAGUACUAUCAUACCCAGGUCCCACAGUGAGCUGCUAUUUGGAUGCCAGUACAUAGAGUGUACUGAAGGCGACAUCAUUUCAUUCGAUAUCACAAGCAACGAUCCACGGGGAUCUUUGCAAACAAAGAAUGAACCAGGACACUCUAGCCGUUUCGGCUGGGGCUCGCCUUGCGAUGUGUUCACACGUCGAUGUCUAUCCUCACGACACGGACGACGUAUUCAGGAAGCUAAGAGCGCUUGGUACUUGGAACAUCCAACGCCUUCAUAAUGCCGCACGUCCAUCCAAGCGUCGCAAGCUGUCUCUACCCAUGUGUGACACAUGUCAAUCUACUCUGCGACCAUUUGCGUGUUUGCACUGUCCUUCCACUGGGUGUUGGCAUGAACGGCAUAUGAGAGAUCAUCUUGAAGACACUGACCAUAACUUCUGUGUUGACGUCAGGACAGGGACUAUAUACUGCAAUGCAUGCGCUGACUUCGUCUAUGAGAGAGCCGCAGCACGUACGUUCGCAAUCGCGACGAUCGGUGCAGAAGAGAUUGUCGGAGUGGCCAGGAAUAAUCGACAACCCUUCGAACCCUGGAGACCAAACCAAAAGGAAAGUACGAUUCUCCAGACCGCCAUCUCUAUGCCAUGCCAAGCUCGACGUGGGCUCCUGAACCUCGGAAAUACGUGUUUCAUGAACGCAAUCUUGCAGGCGUUUCUCGUCAAUCCUCUUCUCCGUGACUUCUUCCUCAGCGACAAACACAAUCACCUGUUGUGCAAGAACAGAGAUUGCACAUGCUGCGAAAUGGAUAAACUCUUCUCGGAGAUGUAUUCAGAGAACGCGACACCAUAUGGUCCGGCGAGCUUCCUCGCGACGACGUGGCGUGCUUCAGCAGAGCUGUCUGGCUACGCGCAGCAAGAUGCACACGAGUUCUUCAUGGCCGCGCUGAACCACAUCCACUCUACCAGCAGAGGGUCGACCAAAUUCCAAUGCAUUUGCAUCGUUCAUUCCACAUUCACGGGGCUUUUACAAAGCGACGUCAAAUGCGGUCGGUGUGGUAACGUCACCACCGCCUCAGACCUUAUGCUGGACAUCAGCCUAGAAUUACAAGACAAGGGCAGCGCUGGUCACGCCGGGAGCGAAUUGACUCUUGCAUCUUGUCUGCGGAGGUAUACUCAGCCGGAGAAAUUGGGCCCGAACGCAUACGAUUGUGCCAAUUGUGGGAAAGUUUCCCAUGCGGACAAGCGGCUGAGCCUCCGAAAGCUCCCGCCCGUCCUGAGCUUCCAGUUCAAGCGCUUCGAACACAAGGCCGGAGACAAGGCGGCAGCGCAGAAGAUCGAGGCCCCCGUCCGGUUCCCGUCGAGCAUCAAUAUGGCACCCUACACGUCUCUCGCAAUGGCCGUGAGAGAGCAGGAGGGGAAAGACGGGGGACCAGACUCCGCUUCGUCUUCCCUCCCGGGGCCCGCCAGUAUGUAUGAGUAUGAUCUAUUCGCAGUGGUCUGCCACGAAGGACAGAUCAACAAUGGACACUACACGUGUUUCGCUCGUUCUCAAGACGAGUGGUACAGGUUCGAUGACGACAAAGUGUCACAUUCGAGCCUGCGAGCAUGCCUUAGUUCGCAGCCUCAGGUUUACAUGUGCUUCUACGUCAAGAAGCACCUGGAUUAUAAGCCGUACGUGACGCCUUCGUACAAAGUCGCAAGAGAAGCGGAAGCGGUUAGGGAGAAGCAACGAGAACGAGAGAAGGAGGCAGCCCGCAUGAGGGAAGUCGAGGAUGCGUUGCUGGCUACAGUCUGACAACACGUUGCACAUCAGGUCGCACACAUAAAUGGCU